AUGAGAGUUAGUGCCUCAACUUCUCGAACCAAUGAAAGCUCUCCAGAAAGAGAGAUGCGAUUAGCAGCUGGCAGAGCGAGACGAGCUACAUCACGGGCGUCUCAAGGUUCUUCUCAACGAGAGCUAAGGCUUACCAUUGACCGAGAACAACAUGUGUUAUCCCGAGAAGCUGAAACUGCUUCACAACGAGAAUUGCGGCUCACAGCUGACCGCGAACGGCAUACAUUAUCUCGCAAGGCCGAAACCUACACUGAGAGAGAAUUACGUCUCACAGCUCAUCACGAACGGCAUACAUUAUCUCGCGAGUCCGAAACUUACACUGAGAGGGAAUUACGUCUCACAGCUGAUCGCGAACGGCAUGUACUAUUCCGUGAGUCCGAAAACUUCACUGAGAGGGAAUUACGUCUCACAGCUGAUCGCGAACGGCAUGCACUAUCCCGUGAGUCCAAAACCUACACUGAGAGGGAAUAA